CGAAAAGCCCGAACAAUACACGUACCCAAAACCCAAUUAGCGUGCGCCUGCUCAUAACAAAUUCUUAUUUCUCAACCCUCCCUUCAUUUGGUUCCAUCUCGCGCAAUCUCUUCAAUCCUCCUACACUUUCUGGUUUCUGCUGUCUGUGAUUUUCCAACCUCUGCAAUUCAGGAUGUCUGAGGAACCCUUUAGGCCGAGAGAGAAGCUCUUUGAGAAGCAAAAAGUUUUCCAGAGCAUUCACAAACAUACCUAUUUGAAGGGACCGAUGGAUAAGCUCACAUCGGUUGCCAUUCCUUUGGCUUUGGCUGGCACCUCUUUGUUUCUUAUCGGAAGAGGGAUCUAUAACAUGUCUCAUGGGAUCGGAAAGAAGGAAGGAUCCUAAUGGAAGUUUUCUUUUUCUUGUGUGCAAGUUUUUGAUCAAGAAACUUUUUCUCGAUCAUUUAGUAUUUGCAUUUUUCAAUUCUAAUAAGUUCCGAAUGCAGACCAUUUAACUAUUGAAUGUACCUUCAUGCAUUGAGGAUAGCAUUCCAUUUCAGUUUGUUUGAUUCUACAAGAAGUGAUCGAAAUUUCAAGAAUAUUAAUUUCAGCCA